UUUCUCACUACAGAGUACAAAGUACUUUUUCUAAUUUCUAUAUUUACCCACACUGAAUACAUCUUUACUCUGAUUUUAAUUUUGCUUUCUUUGAUUUUAGACGCGCGUGAGAAGAGUAUUUAUGUCUCAGUGGCCCAAUAUAUCAGUUUUGGUUCCUUUGAUCUUACUCGGUUACUUGGAUAAUUUACUCGUGGUUUCUUUGAUUUUGGACGCGCGUGCAAAAAGUAUUUAUUGAGUAGCGCGCGCGUUUGCGUUCAGAUUUGUAAAGUUUGUAUUUUGUAUUGUAACAACUUGCCUCACGACUCGACUAUACCUACGGAUUGGUUGGAUAUUCGGCUUCUGCCUACUGACUCUGAACCGCGGCCGCCUUUAUAUUCAGACACUGAUUUUCUAGUGAUUUGGACUUGUUAAAAUGCGUUGUGUGAACUGCGAAUUUCGUAUUUCCCGAUUACAGCGACACCGCUUGUCUGACCAAAGUGAACAGAUACUUGAAAGAGUGCGCGGAUGGGUUUACCCACGAGCCAUAACUGAAGAAAAUUAUCUUUGUAACUCAUGUUGGGUGUUGAUAAAUCAGAAUCAUAAUGAAAAACCUGGAAAUCUGACCCAACAACAACUUGGGCAUCGUAAUGUGUGUACUGGUUGUGGAAAAUCUAUUUUGAGAAAAAGAAGUAGAUUGAUUUUCAGACAAGGAAUGUCUGAAAAAGAUUUCCAUACAGCAAACAUUAUUACCCAGUGGAUAAGACCUCGUCAGUUAACAUCUGUGGAUAAAAUAUGUAUUCCAUGUUAUUUACGAGCACAAAGAGAGAUUGAUAGGAACCACAGAAAUUCUGACUUACCUGCACCCUCUACAGGCCAGGGUGAAAAUAUAUCACCAAUUAAACAAGAAUUAGAAGAACUUGUAGAUGUUACAAGUCAGGGUAUACCUUCCCAAAUUCAGCAAUUAGAACCUGUAAAGGUUGAAGAGGAUGGUCCUUCAACUGCUGAAGGUCCAUUACAAGACACUUAUUCUAGACUAAUUGUGAUGCCUACAUUAAGAAGAGAUGCUGAGACAACAAAUUGUGAUAUAACUGCACCCUCUACAAGCCAGGAUGAAAAUAUAUCAAUGAUUAAACAAGAAUUAGAAAAACUUGUAGAUGUUACAAGUCAGGGUAUACCUUCCCAAAUUCAGCAAUUAGAACCUGUAAAGGUUGAAGAGGAUGGUCCUUCAACUGCUGUGGAUCCAUUACAAGACACUUAUUCUAGACUAAUUGUGAUGCCUACAUUAAGAAGAGAUGCUGAGGCAACAAAUUGUGAUGUAACUGCACCCUCUACAAGCCAGGAUGAAAAUACAUCAAUGAUUAAACAAGAAUUUGAAGAACCUGUAGCCGUUACAAGUCAGGAUAUACCUUCCCAAAUUCAGCAAUUAGAACCUGUAGAGAAUGAAGAGGAUGGUCCUUCAACUACUGCAGAUCCAGUACAAGACACUUCUGGACAUAUUGUGAUGCCUACAUUAAGAAGAGCUGCUGAGACAACAAGUCGUUGUUUGUUUUUAAAGUGCAAUAACAGUGAAAAGCGACGUAUACCUGAUAGUGUAAGAAAACAUGUUAUAAAAAAAUAUAAUUUUUAUAUACCAAAAAGUGCCCGAAUUUGCAAUUAUCACAUGAACACACAUUUAUAUUAUAAAUUGUAUGCGGCCGAAAAUACUAUAAUGACGUUUUCUGCUGCCCAAAUAGAAGAAAUGGUAUUUUUGCUAGCAGAUGAUACACAACUAGAUUUUCAAAACCCAUUAAAUAUAGAUGAUCAUCUUUUUAAAUAUUGGUUUGGUCGUACAAAAGAAGAAUUCAAGCAAAUACUUAUUGAUAAACCAAGGUUGCAGAGUAUUAAAUUAAAAAGUGGAUUAGCUGCACUUUUAUGUAAAAUGCGGACUGGAGAUAGUAACGAAAGAAUCUCAGCACUAUUUCAAAUACCAAGAAGAACAUUAGAGGGAUAUAUGAAACAGGCACGUGAAAUCCUUAACCAGGACUAAGUGCCAAAACAUUUAGGAUGGGCACACAAAUCUAGACGAGAAUUUAUUGCUAUGCAUUCUUAUUUGCUGAAUAUCUUUUGGGAACCAAAUAUCGCAAACACUUGAUGUGUAUCAACCACGUGAGCAGGCAAGGUUUAGAAAAUCUUUUCUACAAUAUAUCACAGUCAAGUAGUUACACAAUUAUUUAAAAUAGUGAAGGCAUGGAGCUCUACAUAUGUUUCAUAGAUUACACAAAAGCGUUCAAGUCCAUACACCACAAAAUUAUAUGA